CAGAAAAAAGUUGGGGUGGAAGUGGAUUUUGGAAAAAUUGAAAUGUAAGUGUAGAAAUAAAUUUUGUAAGGGAAUUGUCCGUCCAAGGAGAGAAAAGUCUGGGUGACACCGACACGUGACAUGAGGGUGGAUACAUGUCAUAGUGCAGGACACGAGUGGGAGGACCACCGCAAUAUUUGGCUUGAGGCGACGUACCAAGUAAAGGAGUAGAGCUGGGAACGACAACUAGUUGUGCGGCGACUUCAUCUUCGUGGAUCGCCAACAACGAGAAUUGCCAUCCUCACCAUCCUCACCACUAUGAUCACCCCGACCACGAAGAUCACCACUACGAGCAACUCUCUUCAGAGUCGCAUUCGUCAUUAGGGACCUCACCGCAGCCACAAGUGGACAACGUUAUCAGUGACAUUUCACCUCCACCUCAGAAGGCGGAAACUUCAUCACCGAAAUCCGAAGCCCAGCUUCCCCAAACCUUCACUCCGCCUGUACCACCACCACUGCCACCACUUUUGAAACCUCACCAAAUCUUCACCAGGAAACAACUUGUCACACCGCAGAGUCCCGUCGAAGCAGAAGAAUCGUCGUCAAGAGCGAAGCGACAAUUGCCGACAAGUUGUCCACAAGCGGCCACCAAUUUCUCCCCGGUCAUCGACGGUCCCGAGUUCAAGAAGAAGUUGGCCGCGAGGUUGAGUCAGAUUGAGGAGAGUGAAAAAAGGGACGCUCUCCCUGAAGGACAAAGAGAAACGUUGCCAAAGAGGAGGACGGAAAUCUGUGGGGUAAAGAACAGAAAAAAUACUGCUGAGGUUAUCAUCACCACGACGGAAAUAAUGGAAGCGGCGAAAAACUAUAUAAGGAAGGCGCUUGAAUGCGACGGUCGGCCCGACUGCUUGGCAAUGUUGCGUCAAUCGCUACGAAGUCAGAAUGGGGACUCCAUGGAACAUUUGGACGCUAUUCCGCACAUCUUCACCAUCUUGGGAGCCUCGGGUGACUUGGCCAAGAAGAAGAUUUAUCCAACCCUUUGGUGGCUCUAUCGUGACGGACUUUUACCCACGAACACGUACUUUUUUGGCUACGCCCGCUCGAAAAUGACCAUUCCCGAACUUCGAGCCAAGUGCGAGCCGUACAUGAGUGUGAAGCCGGAUGAGAGCGAGGCGUACGAGCAGUUUUGGCAAGUGAACGACUACGUGGCCGGAUCUUACGAUGGUCGCCGCGAUUUCGAACUCCUCAACCAGGAGAUUGCCAAGAAGGAGAAGAACGCUGCGGCCAAUCGGCUCUUCUACUUGGCCCUUCCGCCCUCCGUGUUCGAACCGGUGACGAGCAGCUUGCGAAAUACGUGCAUGGCUACGAGAGGUUGGACACGCGUCAUUAUUGAGAAACCGUUUGGAAAAGAUAGCGAAUCGUCGGCUCAGUUGAGCAGUCAUUUAGCUUCACUGUUUAAAGAGGAGCAAAUUUACCGGAUCGAUCACUACUUGGGGAAAGAAAUGGUGCAGAACUUGAUGACCCUUCGUUUUGGAAAUCGCAUCUUUGGCCCAACCUGGAACAGAGAAAGUAUUGCAUCGGUAUUAAUCUCGUUCAAAGAGCCGUUCGGCACGUAUGGUCGCGGUGGAUACUUUGACGAGUUUGGCAUUAUUCGGGACGUCAUGCAGAACCACUUGUUUCAAAUUUUGUCCCUUUUCGCGAUGGAGAAGCCAGCCUCCACGCAUCCGGAUGACAUUCGGGAUGAGAAAGUCAAGGUGCUCAAGUGCAUUAAGCCUCUCACCCUGGACGACGUAAUCCUCGGCCAGUACAUCGGUGACCCGGAAGGAGAAAGUGAAGACGCUCAAAAAGGUUAUCUUGACGAUCCUACCGUCCCAGAAGGCUCAACCACGCCCACCUUCGCUCUUGCCGUGUGCAAAAUAAAUAGCGAGCGGUGGGACGGAGUUCCAUUUAUUUUGCGAUGUGGGAAAGCCCUCAACGAGCGCAAGGCUGAAGUCCGCGUGCAGUACAAGGACGUUCCGGGAGACAUUUUUCACGGUCAGGCGAAACGGAACGAGCUCGUCAUCCGAGUCCAACCCGGUGAAGCUGUGUACGCCAAGGUUAUGACGAAAACGCCCGGAAUUAGUUUCCAAAUUGAGGAGACCGAAUUAGAUCUUACGUACGAUCAUCGAUACAAGGACGUGAAACUGCCGGACGCAUAUGAACGCUUGAUCCUCGACGUUUUCACCGGCUCACAGAUGCACUUUGUCCGUUCCGACGAGUUGGCGGAGGCUUGGCGAAUCUUUACGCCACUCUUGCGCCAGAUCGAGAACGAGAAACCUAACCUGAUCCCAUACAAGUACGGAUCCCGAGGGCCCAAAGAAUCGGAUGAAAUGUGCUCCAGCAACGAUUUCAAAUAUUACGGAUCCUACAAAUGGCACGGGGGUCACAAAUGACGAUCAAAUCUCUAACAACCCUAAGUUAGGAUAAGCAUCUAAAUAGUUUUGUGAUAACAAAUCUAUGACAUCUACACAAAAUACCUAAAUAUUCCACCCCCUGCAAACCCAUUCCCACCCACAGUACUUAACUACAAUAAAUAAAUAAAGACAGUUAAUCACACCACAUUAUUGAUAAUAAUACGUAAUAUGGUCCAAUAAAAAUAGAAAAGAUAUUUGUUUAUCAGUGAUUAGGGUUCGAUAAUAAUUAAUAAAAUACGGACAGAGUACCAACCACACAAAUAAAUAAAUAUUGUCAACUUUCAGUUAAUGUUUGUCAUGUUAUGUUCACAGAAACGAAAAAAAUACAGAAAUAAAUCAAUCAAUAUUUUCCUUUAA